AUGAAGUUCUUGACCUCACUCCUUUUCGGUGAACUUGCCGUUGCUCUACCAACACUCCUGUUUACCAGAAGUCCGGCACCCGUCUCACCAUUGGAGAUCCGUCAGAGCUGCGCGGCAACAUGUACCUCAGCCUGCUAUUACGAAUCUACUGUCGAGGAAGCACUACAAGCAGGGUGUCAGCGUUAUCGAGAGGAUGAUCCUGUCAGCUCAUACCCUCACCAGUACAACAACUACGAGGGAUUCGACUUUCCAAUAGCUGGACCUUACCAAGAGUUUCCGAUCCUGAGAAGCUACAACAAUAAUCCAUAUACAGGUGGUUCACCUGGGGCAGACCGUGUUAUUUUCAACACGAACUGUCAACUUGCCGGUGUCAUCACGCACGAUGGUGCUAGCGGAGACGACUUUGUUGAAUGCUCGUAG